UGACUGCCACGUUCUGCAGUUCCUCAACAAUUUCUCAGGAAUCCGAUAUUUUCAGUUGCACAGUUUUUUUGGGCCUCUGUGUAAGCAAAAUGCGUUUAGUCCAGUUCGAGAAAGAAGGAMGGUUAUCUGUUGGUGUAGAACUGAAGGACGGAGGCGAUGUAGUCGAUGUUUGUAGUGUAGAUACAUCGAUCCCAUCAAACAUGAAGGAUUUUUUGCAGGACUUGGACAACUCGAAGGUCAAAGCGCAAAGUGUUGUUGACAGUGGUAAAGGUGUUCUUUYGAGAUCAGAGAUUAAGAUAAAAGCCCCUAUCUACAACCCUGAGAAACUGUUUUGUGCUGGUAUGAAUUAUGCUGACCAUUGUCAUGAGCAAAACAUGCCCAUUCCUAAAGAACCCAUGUUYUUUAACAAGUUUGCAAGCUCAAUUGUUGGAACAGGGGAUCCAAUAUUGUACAAUGAGGAAACCAAGGAGCUGGACUUUGAAGUUGAGCUUGCUAUUGUUAUUGGAAAACCAGGAAAAAAAAUCAAGGAAGAGGAUGCCAUGAACCAUGUAGCUGGUUAUACAGUAGCACAUGACGUUAGUGCCAGAGAUUGGCAACUAAAGCGGAAUGGAGGGCAGUGGCUUAUAGGAAAGACAUUUGAUUCAUUUUGUCCUUUGGGUCCAGCAAUAGUUACAAAGGAUUCAAUUUCUGAUGUCCAUAAGCUGGGUAUUCGAUGUAGAGUAAAUGGGAAGGUGAUGCAAGACUCCARCACAAAAAACUUUGUUUUCAAAGUGCCACAGUUGGUAGCUUUUGUCUCAAGGUUUCUGACCCUGAGAAGUGGUGACGUUAUAUUAACAGGGACGCCGCCUGGUGUUGGCUGUUUUAGAAAACCACCAGUAUUCCUACAGGUUGGUGAUGUCGUUGAGUGUGAAGUUGAUGAGAUUGGAUGCAUAGCCAAUAAAGUGUCCUUCUCCAGCGAUCUAUGAUGAAUGUCUUAAAGCCAAAACAAGCUUGAUGAAUAAUUCAAUAUUAUCUAUCAGAUAUGGAGUUUACUACAUUUAAUAGGUUUUCAAUUAGAAGCAAAACAUUUUUGAUAGUCUAUAAUAAUAGUACUGGCAAAUCAAAUAUGUACAUCUUAAAACAAUGUAUGAAAAUAAACAAAAAGAAGAGAGGAUUGAUGAAA